GUUUUAUUUCUAGAAAAAUCUUCUGAGUUUUGAUUUUAACGAAGAAGGAUUGAAAUUAUAUUUCAAACUCAGAUUAUAUUUAUUAUUCGCUGAAAAACAAAGCAAAUAUAGCUAAAUAGAAAGUUGCAAUUGAUUUUACAUCGGAAAACACGUCUAAAUAGAUUUAAAAAUCGAAAAAAAGUGAUUAAAGAGUUUAGACUUCCAUCAGUUCCAUUUUGAAAAAAAUUGCUUUGUAAAUUUGAAGCUUUUUUAAAGAAUCAACCUUCAUUCUUAUUGAUUACUUGUACCCACUUCAUAGACAUUUUCGAUUGUUUCCUAUAACAAAUCAUAAAAAAUGGUGAAGGAAACAGGAUAUUAUGACAUUUUGGGCGUUAAACCAAACUGCUCCAUAGACGACUUGAAAAAAGCUUACAGGAAGCUAGCUCUUAAAUACCAUCCAGAUAAGAAUCCAAAUGAAGGUGAAAAGUUCAAACAAAUUUCAAUGGCUUACGAGGUUUUAUCCGACGAGGAAAAACGACAAAUCUAUGAUGAAGGUGGAGAAGCAGCAAUUAAAAAAGGUGGAUCUGGCGGUGGAGGAUUUCAUUCGCCAAUGGAUAUCUUCGAUGUGUUCUUUGGAGGAGGCUUCGGUGGCGGAAGACAACGUGAACGCAAAGGCAAAGAUCUCGUUCAUCAAAUGCAAGUUUCACUCGAAGAAAUUUACAACGGCGCUGUUCGUAAGUUGGCACUGCAGAAAAGCGUUAUUUGUGAGAAAUGUGAAGGUCGUGGUGGUAAGAAAGGAGCUGUCGAAACAUGCGGAACAUGUAAAGGAAAAGGAGUUGAAGUGAAAAUUCAGCAAAUUAUGCCUGGCUUUGUUCAGAAACAUGAGCAAAUUUGCCGCGUUUGUCAAGGACAGGGUGAAGUUAUCAAUGCGAAAGAUCGAUGCAAAACUUGUAACGGAAAAAAAACUGUUCGUGAUCGUAAGAUUUUGGAAGUUCAUGUCGAGAAGGGAAUGCUUGAUGGUCAAAGAAUUGUGUUUUCCGGUGAAGGAGAUCAAGAACCAGACCUGCAACCUGGUGAUAUAAUCAUCGUGUUAGAUGUUAAGAAACAUCCAAUAUUCCAAUUUGGUAAUCAUGGAUGCGAUCUGGCAAUGGUCAUGGACUUGCAACUUGUGGAGUCACUUUGUGGUUUCCAGAAAGUCAUUAAGACAUUAGAUGGACGUGAUUUGGUCGUAACAAGCUUACCCGGAGAAGUUGUUAAAGAUAAAGAAAUCAAAUGCAUUAUGGGUGAAGGUUUACCGGAAUAUAAGAAUCCAUUCGAGAAAGGCCGUCUCAUCGUUCAGUUCAAUGUUGUUUUCCCAGCCUCUAUCCCAAUGGAAAUUGUUCCAGCUCUCGAACAAUGUCUACCACCGAGACCUUAUGUUGAAAUUCCAAUCAAUGCUGAAGAAUGCAACCUCACCGAUUACGAUCCUAAUGCAAGCUCGCAACGUCGACAUCAUGAAGCUUAUGACGAUGAUGAUGACAGAUAUCAUCGAGCAAACAGUGUGAAAACGAAAACAAACUGCGAUGCAGUAAAGUCCGGACAUUUCAUCAGCAAGCAAAUCAUCAACAGCCGCACAUCAAACGCCAUUAAAAAUGCCAACCAUGGAGCCAAGUUGAACAAGAUACAAGAACCAGUUGUUUUUAAACAAGAACCCAUAACUUCACCAUUGAAACAGGAAUCUUCCCUUUCUUCAGAAGACUUUCAUAGCCAAAAACUUUGUGAUGUUCAGAAGGUCUUAAAACAGGAACAAGAACUACAGAAAAACAUUUAUCAAUCAAAUAAUGCACCAGGUUGGCUUCGAGUAAAUCACAAUAAUAAAGUUAUUUAUAUCAGUCCAUCAGGCAUCGGAUUAGCGAGUCUAAAGCAAGUCAAAGAUUAUCUUCUCACGCGCGGAACGUGUAAAUGCGGUUUGCCAUUUCCACUGCGUGUCGAAUUAUUCUUCAAUUUCAAUACCGAGGUUCCAACUGUGCCAUUGAAGACGCCUAUUGAAAGCAUUAAAUUUGAUCCAAAUUGUCAGCAUCGAAAACGAUUAACAUCGAAUCAAACUGCUGCUCAAAAUCAGACAGACAUAAAACGAGGUAAAAUUGAAAGUAAUACGAAGCGAGUUACUGGAGAAUGUCUUUUACCGUCAUAUGUGACAUCUGCCUCAUCUAAAGUCAUCAACCAGAACACUACAAACAAUACCGUCAUGAUUGUGAACAAUAGUGGACUUACAUCGAGUAAUGUUCAACCACAAAUUAUUCAAUCGAAGCCACAGCAAGUCACUUUUCAACAACAACGACCACAACAGCAACAAUUUGUGCAACAUGAUCCAACAACAGGCGCUAAUGUGGUGAUGAGGAUUAUAAAAGAUGACUCAGUGGAAUCAGAUGGUGUAAAGUUGCCACCAUGGAAAAAAAAUUCAAUAAAUCAACAGAAAAACAUUCAACCGACACAAAUUCUCUCAUCGGGCAUUCCAAUUUUCCAAAUUAAUGGACAAAAUGUCAUUGCGAUCGAUCAAAAUAAUCAACAGUUUCAAAUUCAACAGCCACAACAAAUCCAAAUCAUUGAACAAAAAUGUGAUGGCAAUGAGAUUGCGCAAUGGUCGACAGGUGAAGGUAAGAUUGGUAAAACGAUAAUUCGUCGACGACCGACGUUCAAAGAAGAUCCAACGGGUUAUUUAAAUCAACAAACAGCUUUGUUGCACAACACAAUCACGACACUUCAUAGUCCCGAUGGGUCAUCGUCAACAACAUCAUCAGCUUCUCCAGCACUUCAAGAAACUUCCUCUGAGAACUUUCAAAAGUCUCAAAGACAACAAUUUCUGCAAUACAUGAGAUCAUCACCGGUGACGAGUCUUGGUGGACAAACAUUGACACAUAUGCCAAAUGGCGUUGUUCAGAUUCAACAAAACUGUGAUAUUAAGCCACUUCAAGCUAAGCCCAUGAUGAUUCAAGAGCAGAUGAAAUAUGUACGACAAAACCCAAAAGGACGUCCACCAAAGAAUCCACAAACGAUUGCAAAACGUCUUGUUGCAAUGUCUCAAGAAUCGCCAGUAUCAUCAACAAGUGCUGGAAGUGGAAUGAAAAUUAUAAAAAGCAACACGCCUGAUAUUAGUUCGUCAUCUCAUACUCCCGAUGCUGUUACCGAGACAAUUGUGCAAUCAUCAACAUAUGACAAUGCUGAGUUUGUGAAAUUAGCUCGUACUGCAUCGACUCAAGAGCUUAUAAGAACAUCGUCAAUGACGCAAGUUGUUGCUGGUAAAGCGAUAACAAACAUAACGGCAGCAGCAAGUGGAAAUAUUGUAAGAAAAGCACCACCGACAAUGACAAUGAUGAAGAAACCACAACAAACGUCAUCAAUAAUUGGACAAGUAAAAAGUAAUGGAAAUGUUGCGGGUAAUCAACAAAUUAUGAUGACAUCAAAUGGACAACAAUUUGUUGUUGUGCCAUCAAAUAACGCUCCACAACAACAGCCACAAAAUAUUAUGUUGAAUAACAAUUCACUUCUUCAGCAGCUUCAGAGCACAAAUGCGAAUAGUCAGAGAUUAGUGCAAGGUCCAAAUGGUAAUUUCAUCAUUCAAACAAGCACUGGAAAUGUUUUAACAAAUCCCAUCACGGGUGGAAAUUUUAUUGUGUCGAAUAAUCAGUCAAUGAAUCCUUUAAUCAUUCAAAAUGGACAAAUUAUUCAAAAUACUGGAAAUUUAAUGUCACCGAAAGGAAACAUUCUUCUGUCAACUGCUGGUAAUGGUUCAACUGGUAAGACGAUUUUGACAAAUGGAAAUCAACUUACAUCACCAUUAAUGACGCAGCAAACUGUGCUAAUUAAUGGAAUUCCAAGUCAAGUUAUGAUGCCAGCAACUCAGACAAUUAUCCAAGAUAAUUCAAUUGUUCAACAUCAGCAGCAACAAGCAAGAACACCACAAAUAAGUCCAGAAAAGAAGAAAGGAAGAAAAAGAAAAAUUCCAUUACCAGAAUCACAACAACAGCAAGUAAGCAACAUUCAACAACAAAAUCAACAGACAACAGUGACGACUGUUCCACAACAGUCAGGCAUGAUUCAAGUGACACCACAAGGUUUUCAAUUAGCAUCACCAAAUAUUAUCGUUCAGAAUAAGCCACAACAACCUCAACAACCUCAGCAGAUUAUCCUUCAAAAUGGGCAGACUUUAAUUCAACAGCCGAUGAAUCUUCUCGGUGGACAGCAAUUGAUGCUUCCAUCGGGACAUUUUCCUGUGAUGAUGACACCAGAUGGAAAUUCCAUUGUACAAUUCCAGAACCCAACAACAUUCAACAAUAUCAUUCAGACACCACAAGGUAUGAUGAUACGAGCUCCAAUUCAACAGCAACCGCAACAACAGCAGCAAGCACAGAAGACGAUCAUUACGAGUAAUGGACAACAAUUUAUUGUGAAUCAAGGUGGACAAAUGAAUCAAGUUUUUAAUACGCCAAUGGGAUUCAUUUUACAAACUCAACAACAGAAUCAACAACAUCAGCAACAUCAAAUUAUAAACACACAACAACCAAUCAUGAUGCAAUCAUCAGGAAUGAAUCAACCUCAAAUCAUUACGCAAUCAACCUCUGGUGUGGGUGGACAAAGUGCAUUGAUUGGUCAGCAAACACAAUUCAUCACACAACAAACCGAUGGAAAGGCAAAUAACAGCAAUAGUUCUCAAAGAAAGAUUAUUCAUCAUCAGAAAGUUCAGCAACAGAAAUUUUAUCCACAAAUGAUAAAGUCGCCACGUGUUAAAAGUUCAAUUCAAACAAUUGUGCAAGAAAUUGAGCAGCUUGAAGAUGAUGAAGAGGAAGUGAUGAUUGCUGAUGAUGAUGAGCAGGAAGAAGUUUGUGAAGAAAUUGAACAGGAAGAACAGGAAAUGUUCUUUGAUAGUGACAAGCCUGAUAUGAUUCAAGAGCUUCACCAUGGUUCACAGCAAGUUUUACAUCACAGUAUGACGGGCGAUGGUCAGUGUGGCAUCAUGAACAUCGACGACAUCACAAUUGAAAUGGAUGAAAUAAAUGAUUUAAAUGAAUAUUUGAAUGCGAUUGAUGAAGAAGAUAAUCGAAUGGCACAGAUGGGAAUGUCAUCUUUACAACAAUUUGCAAAUUCACCACCGGAUACUACAACACACAGUCCGAGAAGUCCAAUUCAUGCUACAAGUGAGAAGAGUAAUGGCUCCAGUGACAGCACAAACAUGGUACAAUUUGUGUCAAGUUCUGAACCGGAUUCAAACUCAAAUGUUGUUUCACCGGAAGCUAUUGACUCUCAAAUGUCUCCGCCACAAAAUCAAAUUCAAUAUUCAGCAGGCAAUUCACAACCAAUGUUUAAGUUACCGAUGGAUCCGAAAGCGACAUCAAAAUCACCAAUGACAACGAAUAUCAUGAGUCAAAAUCAUUUGAACAUUUUAAUGGAUCGAAGUCAGAAAAGUCCAUUGAUGCGUCCUGAUUCUCACGAAUCGGCAUCGUCAGAUCAUCGUUCGGAAAGUCCCUUUGAUGAGAUGUCAUCAAAACUUAUUGAUGAUGAUGAUGAUGAAAUUGAAAAUGAUGAUGAAGACGUUACUGAGAAAAAAAGUGAUUUCGAUUUAUUGAAAGAAUCACCACCAGUAAAUACGAUAAAGCCUGUUGCAACUGAUGUGAUUGAGUCAGAAGACUCGUUGAGUGGAUCUCCGAAUUCUCCGCUUCCAACAACAAAUUCCACUGGAGAAAGUCAAUCGAAUUCAAAUUUUAAAGUUGGUGAUUUAAUUUGGGGUGCGACAAGGGGCUGUGAUGCAUGGCCGGGAAAGAUUGUUAAUGGUCCCGAUGGAGAGCCGACAUCUAGUGAUUGCGUAUGGGUAAAAUGGUUCGGUGGACGGCAAAACACUGAGAUGGUACUUUGUAGUACACUGAAAAGUUUAUCAGACGGUCUCGAAGCUCAUCAUGCCGCCCAAAAGGACACUAGAAAGGGCCGAAAACUAAAUUCUCAUUUGGAACGUGCUAUACAAAAGGCAAUGACGGAACUCGAUAAACAAUCAAAUCCAAGUACUAGUAAAGGCAUCAGUGAGAAGAAAUCCGUAACUAGUAGUCUUAAAUCUUCAAAAACAAAAUUGAUAAAAAUCGCUCCUGCGCCGGAUAAAAAGUGAAAGCUUUAACAUUUACAAAUAUUAACUACUAACUAGAUGGAAUUCUAGAAAAUGAAUAAGAAAAAGUUUUAGAUGUUUUAUUUCCGGAAUAAAUUCAGGAAACUUAAUCGAUGUUUAGAAUUCAUGUUACUGAUACAUAAAUGUCUGUCAAUGAUGUCUAAGUAAGAAAAAAAUCAACUAGCUAAGUAAUAACAACCUUCAUUACAGUAAAAACAAUACAAGGAAUAAAAAUAAUUUUAUCAAAUCAAAUUUUUAUAUCUGACAAUAAAAUCGAUCGUACGCAUGAAUGCGUCAUGAUGAGAGCUGUUUAUUGUUAUGAUCUUUUUUAAAGAAAGAAAAGGGUAAAACAGUGAACCAGACUUUGUUGGUCUUACUUUUUAUUAUUAGAACAUAUUUUUAUGUUUGGUUUCAUUAAUAAACAAAUGAAAAACAGGAAUUUAAUCAUUGAUUGUCCAUUGCUAAACUUAUAAACUACACACAAUGCAUUGAAAAAUGUACCUGCAUUAAUCCACAAAGAACAGGAGUUGAAUAAAACGGGAAAACUUUUAAUAAUUAAGGUUUUAAUUUCUUUGACUAAGUGACACGAUCGAAUCGCUAAAAUUUUUCCAGUAAAUCAAUAUGGAAAAAAAUUAAUCAUCGUACCCGUGACCGUAUUAAAGUAAAAACACUGAAAGAAAAUGUUUUAUCAUCCAUUAGUAAGACCAAUAAUCACAAUUUUCAUUGAAAUAAAAAGUUUUGUGUGAAAAUUAAGACAUGAAAGCAAAAUUCAUGUUUCGUCGUCAAAAGUAAAGAAUAAAAAUUGAAGUUGAAAA